CCUGUCUUCUCCACCUCUCUCUCCUUUCCUCCGCGGUUCCCUGGCUGAAUACCAGCAAUCAUGGGGAAACCGUUUCCACUCUCAUCUCCGGCUGUCCUCUCCCUCCUCCUCCUCCUGUUGUUGAUCCCGGCAAACGGCAACACUGGCCAGCUGUCUACCUACAUCGUCCACGUGUCCCCCGCCCACAAGCCGGCCUCCUCCCCGACCCUCCGCCACUGGUACCGGUGCACCCUCCGCUCCCUCCCGCCACCUCCUCCGCACCCCGCCCCUGCCCCCCGCCUCCUCUACUUCUACUCCCGCGCCACCACUGGCUUCGCCGCCCGCCUCUCCCCCGCCCAGGCCGCCGCCCUCCGCUCCCUCCCCUACAUCCUCUCCGUCCUCCCCGAUCGCGCCCGCCAGCCCCACACCACCCGCUCUCCCACCUUCCUCCGCCUCUCCCCUUAUUCCGGCCUCUGGCCCUCCUCCUCCUUCGCCUCCGACGCCGUCAUCGCCGUCCUGGACACAGGUAUCUUCCCCUCCCGCCCCUCCUUCCUCGACUCCUCCCUCUCCCCUCCCCCCUCCUCCUGGCGCGGCUCCUGCGAUUCCGGCUCCGGCUUCAACUCCUCCCAAGCCUGCAACCGCAAGCUUAUCGGCGCGCGCUUCUUCUACAAGGGUUACGAGUCCGCCAUGGGCCACCCCAUCGACGAAUCCAGGGAGUCCAAAUCCCCCCUCGACACUGAGGGCCACGGCACCCACACCGCAUCCACCGCCGCCGGCGCGGCUGUCGAAGAUGCCGGCUUCUACCAGUACGCCCGCGGCGAGGCCCGUGGCAUGGCCACCAAGGCGAGGAUCGCCGCCUACAAGAUCUGCUGGGCAGCCGGCUGCUUCGACUCCGACAUCCUUGCCGCCAUGGACGCCGCCAUCGACGACGGCGCCGACGUCAUCUCCCUCUCCGUCGGUGCCACUGGCUUCGCCCCAAGCUUCUACCGGGACUCGAUCGCCAUCGGCGCCUUCGGCGCCGCCCGCCACGGCGUCACCGUCUCGUGCUCCGCCGGGAACUCCGGGCCCGGGCCGUACACCGCUGUCAAUAUCGCUCCGUGGAUCCUCACCGUCGGGGCAUCCACCAUUGAUCGAGAAUUCCCAGCUGAUGUCAUCCUCGGUGACGGCACCACUUAUGGCGGUGUCUCGCUCUAUGCAGGAGAGCUGUUGAAUUCUACCGAUCUCCCGUUGGUCUACGCCGGCGAUUGUGGGUCCCGGCUGUGUAUAAGCGGGUACCUCGACUCGGCCAAGGUUGCUGGAAAGAUCGUUCUUUGCGACAGGGGUGCCAAUGCUCGGGUUGAGAAGGGGAGUGCCGUGAAAUUGGCCGGCGGCGCCGGGAUGAUUCUGGCCAACACCGCCGAGAAUGGGGAGGAGCUCAUUGCCGACUCCCACCUCAUUCCCGCCACAAUGGUCGGUGAAUCAGCCGGAGAUAAGAUCCGCGACUACAUCAAGUCCCAGUCUUCUCCCACUGCUACCGUUGUUUUCAGAGGAACGGUGAUCAGCUCAUCGCCACCCGCCCCCAAGGUGGCAGCUUUUUCAAGCCGGGGGCCUAAUUACCGCGCUCCGGAGAUCCUCAAGCCCGAUGUGAUCGCCCCCGGAGUCAAUAUUCUGGCAGCUUGGACGGGGAUAAGCAGCCCGACCGACCUUGAUAUCGAUCCAAGACGGGUCUUGUUCAAUAUAAUCUCAGGUACCUCCAUGUCAUGCCCGCAUGUCAGCGGCAUUGCUGCCUUGCUGCAUAAGACCUACCCGGAUUGGAGCCCAGCUGCCAUCAAGUCCGCUCUCAUGACAACAGCCUACAAUUUGGACAAUUCCGGUGAGAUCAUCAAAGAUUUAUCUACCGGGGAAGAAUCCACGCCAUUUGUUCGCGGCGCCGGUCAUGUAGACCCCAACAAGGCUCUUGAUCCUGGUCUAAUUUAUGACUCACAGGUCGAGGACUACCUUGCCUUCCUUUGUGCAAUUGGAUACAGUACUCAACAGAUUGCACUCUUCACCAGGGAUGAGACCACAGUGAAUUGUUCUGCCAUGACAUUGGCUAGCCCUGGUGAUCUCAAUUACCCAGCUUUCUCUGUUGUUUUCUCUUCAACCAGUGACAUUGUUACGUUCAGUAGAGUGGUCCGAAAUGUUGGAGGCCCCGACGAUGCUGUGUAUGAGGCUGAAAUCUCCGGCCCACCGGGUGUGAAUGUCACGGUGGCUCCGAGCAAGCUCGUGUUUGAUGCAGUGGACCAGAGCUUGUCCUAUGAGAUCACAUUUGCUUCAAUUGCUGAUGCGGCAGUUGCAGGCUCUAAUGGCUUUGGGGGGAUUUCUUGGAGUGAUGGCACACACAGUGUGAGGAGCCCCAUUGCUGUGAGCUGGCGCCAGAGUUUUGUGGCCUCCAUGUAAACUGGCUAUGUUAUACAGUCUCAGAGGGGUUCUAUGAUGUGGGAAAAAGGGAAAAAAAGGUUGAAAGGCUUGAAUUUCUGAUUAGUUAGUCAUGGGAUUUGUUGUUAAGCAGAGAAAAGUUGCAGCAUGUGGAGGUUUGAAAAUUCUCAGAUAGGUCAUCAGAUGGGAAGACCAGGAUCUGUAACACUGUGAACAUAUUUGUUGGUUGAAAUAAGAAAGUUCUGGGUUUAGUUCUAGUGUGUUUGUUUUGAACAUCCUUCGUCACCCUUCAUUAUAUUUUGGCUAAUGUUCAGGGUAGAUAUUGGAACUGCACUCAUACAUAUGCUUUGUAAAAAUUAUGAAAAAUCCUUGGGUUGUAAUGUUAUGCUUUCUUAUGUUGAAGUGAGAUUUAGUGACCA